AUGAAGGAGAAAUUGGAAAAUCCGGUGAAAAAGGAAGAAUCGGUACUAGUAAUAGAACAAUUGGAGAGACCCACAGUUAUUGAAACAAAGAAGGAAGUGGUUCAAGAUCUAAGAGAUGUGGAACCCCCAUGUGAAUUCCAACAACCUCCGAAGCAUCUCAAAAUUGAAGACUAUGAGGAGGCUAUUCAAGAAAUAGAUUCAAUCAUGGAGGAAUUUCUAUCUACAAUUGAAUCUUCUCCCAUUGGACAUGAAGUUGAAGUUAUAAAGGAGUGUACUGAUCCACUUUUCGAUCAAAGGGAGUGUCGACAUCAGCAACUUGAGAAGAAGUCCCGUUCUAGGAUUGCUUCGACUGAGAUGGGUUCGAUUGCAAUGCAGAGUUUCCAAUACAGAUUGUAUCGAUCUGAAGAGUCGGAGCUAGUAAUAAAUGCAGAUGCGAGCAAGUCAAAGUCGAAGAAAGAUGAUGCAAGAAUGUUAAGGUCGAAGAUUAUCAAAGUUUUGCCUAGUAAGUUUCAGUCAGAGGAAAUAAUCACCAAAUUCGCACUUCAUAAAGAAAAGAAACAAAGAAGCAAAUGUUUGGUGUACACUUUCGCUUGCUUUGUGACCCUCUUUGGCGUGUGUUUAUGUUUUGCAUCCGUCGUUUUGAGAGUUAGAGAACCCAAGAUAGAAAUCAAAUCAGCUAAGAUGAUGCACGUUCGUUAUAGCAUCACUUCAUCAUCAUCACCAUCAUAUGCUUCCUUUAACGUGACCAUGAUUUUUUCUAUGAUGAUCAUCAACCCAAACUAUGGCCACUUCAGUUUCCAUGACAGUUCAGUGAAAUUUCUUUACGGGGUUGUAAGUGUUGGUGAAAGGGGAAUUGUGGGUUCGAGAGUGAAGGGUAGAGAUAUCAAAGAAUUCAAUGUGAUGGUGAAUGCAAGGUCCAGUAAUAAUAUCAAUUAUUCAGGUGUAACGAAACUAAGAAGCUAUGCGGAAUUGAAUGGUUAUGUGCAAGUAUUGAAGAUUGUAAACAAGAGGAAGAACAUAGUGAUGGCUUGCAUUAUGACUCUCAACUUCACAUCUCAUUCGAUUCAACAUCUUCAGUGUUAGUUAAGGUUAAUGCUAGCUAGUUAGACCAAUCAUGUUAAUUCAAUUGUUAGUACCUUUUUUUUGGCUAUAACUAGAAGUGAUAGAUUGCAUGGGCUGGGCCUGUAACAUAUAUCGCCGGUUCCCGAGUCUGAUUCCGCUAUUAGGCCUGAAAGUGAAGCUACAACAAUAGUACGGCCGAAAGCUUACAUGUUUUAGACCAAGAAAA